AUGGACGCCUUGAAUAAACUCACCGGCCAGGGGCAGCCUCAGGACCAGAACCAGCAGCAGGGCGGUGGCGGAGGUAUAAUGAGUGGAAUCAAUAACGCGUUGGGAGGUGGCCAAAGAGGUGAACAAAACGAAGGCAAGUCAAAUCACUUACUCGAUAAAGGAGUGGAUUAUGUCCAGGAACGCAUGGGUGGAGGUGAUCAAUCCAACGAGUCCGCCGCGGAGCAGGCCAAGGACGAAGCUAUUAGUGAUGCCAUUCGUGCUCAGUACAAGAACACAACCGGAUCUGACUUCCCAAUUGCUGACAAGUAA